AUGUCGCAACGACCGAACGAGCCCCCUGUACGAUCUUCAAUGUCUCCGGCUAAUGGACGAAACCGAGAUCGAUCCCCAGAAACUGCGUCGCCUUUACCACGAUCCGAUGAAGGCUCAUUUCGCCAGACCCCGCCCCAAAAGAACGACGGCCAAGCAAGCGGGGAGUUAGAGGGGACUACACUGGGCAGCAGUUCCCGUGAUGGAGAUCGAAGGACACCGGGCCAGCGGAGGACCCAGAGCUCAGGUGGCUUUUUGCUUGACUCAUUGCCCCGCACACGAAGCACAAGAGUCAGCUUGCAACGCCCUCGCCCCUCAGAACCUCCCCAAGAGAAGCGCAGCGUUCCCGAACCGGAUAUCGUGGUCCCCAAGAAACGCUCGCGGUUCCCAUGGAGCCGGAAUAAGCGCCAUGAAUCUGAGGUAAUGCCGGAAAAUGCAAGUCCAAGCCCGACCACUGCUCGGCAAGCUUCUGCGCCUCCUGAUAGACAACCCUCUGGAAGCUCCUCGCAGCCCGAGGUGCACGAAGACAAUGUGGCACAUCCAACUCCCGGUCUCGAUAGGGACUCGAUCCAGAUCGUAAAUCUAGCCUUGAACCUUAAUGAGUCUCGGAGGAGGACAGCUUCUGGAAUACCCCCGGGCUCUGAGAGCCGAAGACCAAUAUCUGUCUCUCAACCUGCUGUUUCGACAACUGACAGCUAUGGGUAUUCCCCACUAGCGAAGAAGUUACAGCUCGACUCGCCGUAUCGCAAUCUGACUCAGGUCUCUGGUAAUCGUUUAUCACAGGGGACACUGCCGAGCUUAGAGCAAUCAUCUGUUAUGAAUUUGUUGCCUCCAUCCGCAGUCGAGGAUCACCGGGCAUACGAAUUCUCCGAAAGCACUUUGGCUCGUGCCGAGAGAGCACGCAAUCAUUUUGAUUUAUUUCAUGAAUACAUGCGGCUCCUACCUCGUUACCACCUCUUCGAGAACCCCAACCGAAGCUAUAACCCGCUUCAAAUGAUUCGCAACCGAAAAGUCAGGUAUCGUGAGAAAUGCUCCAUCGAUCCAGCCGCAGAAGGAUGGCACGACGUUGAAAGAGUCCACCAAUGGAUCAAUGACGUCGCGCAAAAGUACGCCCCAAGAGAGUACGACCGACUAGAUUGCUUGAAGCUGCCACCUUUCCAACAAGGUCGCCGUCAUGUGUCUAUUCAGGAACAUGAAGAUAUGGAUAUGAUGCCCACGUCUCCGGAAUCGAGUUUGCGGCGAGUUAGCCGAACCAGCAGCAUGAAGGCCCGUCGACCACGUAUUGAUUGGAAGAUAUCGCCAGCAGAGCUUCUGGCCGAUGCUGCCUGGCUGGAAUAUGGUGCCAAUAAGACGAAGGUGGUCGACAAGGAUGGUUAUAAACUCUACCCUGACCCCACAGAGUUAGUUAUAAUGGACACAAGCGAGGACCGCGGCACGCCUCAGAAGCAGCAACGCCUUUCAGUCGAAGUGGGAGAUCAUGCAGAAGCACAUUCGUCACCGCACACUUCUAUCUCCAGUCCUCACCCUGCAUUGGCGCAAGAAUUCAAGAGCGUGGGUCGUGGGCGGCACAGGCACAGAUUUCGAAGCCACUCGCACAGCUUACGCAGCCGUAGUGCUUCCAGCAAACGAAAGCCUUCACGAUGGGAUCAUGUCAAAAUGCGCUCGGGCAGCGUGUCGAGUUCUUCAAGCUCAGAUACCCGCCCCUCCGUCGAUGAAAAGCCUCGCAGGUCUCGUGAGAAUAUCCGCGACCAUGUCCAAAGAUUCGUCGAACAUACACACUCAGGAUCUCGGAUAUCCCGCGGCAAGUCCCCGGCUGUUCAUAACACUGACAUUGAUCGGGGGAGAACACCACAGCCAGUCGAGCCGUUGUCCGUCAACACGAAGCAAUCCCGCAAACACAGAAAAGGCUCUCUCUCAUCGGCAGGCAGUCUUGAUGACCGGCAGGAUACUCGUAUGUCCCUGGAAGGCAUGGAUAGCACUGCGCCUAACUCUCCCGCUCGCGUCGGCUACUUCCCGAGCAUAGCAGUAAAUCUGUCACCACCGUCAAGUCGAUCUCCCUCGCCCGCCAAGAAGGGUCUCCGUCAUAAGAUUGUUUCACGCCACGAGCGCAGCAAGAGCAAACAAGCAGAUCGAGAGCGAGAGCGGGAAGAUGAAUUGCCGGAACUCGAGGCUUUGCGUCAGCGAACGACGGCGCCUGCGCGGACGGAGGGCGCCUCCAAGCUCGAGCCGAGUCCUCUUCCCGAUGUUGUGUCGUCAUCUUAUCCCGAUGAUCAAGGCACGCAUGAGGGCAAUCGAGUGGAUGGGUAUCGGUCUCGCAAAGGGCCCCAUCUUCCCGAAUCAAAGUUACGAGGAAUAUUUAAGGGGCCAGGUCGGAUAGCAGAGAUCGUUGGAAAUGAGGUCUCCAAGGUCGGAGAUCUCAUUCUGAAGAAAGACGCAGAACCUGAAUCUCGAAAAUCAUCGUCCGCCACUACUCUUGCAUCAGAUGAUAGCGAUUCUGAUGAAGAAUCCAGAGGCGACAGAAAGCCUGGCUCCAAAGGUCUUUUACGGCGCCUACCAACAUUUACAGAUGAGCCUGGGCGAUUGACUCGCAGAAAUUCCGAGAGGAACUCGUCCCGAAGCUUUAUUCCUUCUCUGCCGACCUUCACGUCACCCCUAAGGCAAGAUGAACGAAGCGAAGCACCAGAGGUGACCGACUUCGGCAGUCCUGGCGAACGAGUUUCCUCUCCACGAAAUUAUGGUUCCCGUGAUUCUCCCAAGAAGUUCUCGCUGCCGCGCAGCAAAACGCUUGAUUUCAGCCCUUCUUUGCGCACGGGACGGAUAAAGCGGGACGAGAUUAAAGACCCUUCCAUCCCUUUCAGCUUAACACGGCCUCCUGUCACUGGGCUCGCCAACGCUCGAGCAUCACCGGGAAUUUCCCCAGAGGGAAGACGCACAGGGCUUUCAGGUGCUAGUCGCGCCUGGAGUAUAUCUGGGCGCAGUAUCCAUACCUUGAUUGACACCGGCGUGCCUGGCCCGGGAGAUUACUCGCCGGGCCCACACUCCCGUGAGCCAGUUCCUCCCUGGCUUCAAAGCGCUGUGGGCCCUGGUGCAUCUGUUCCACAAGUGACACGAAUCGGCGAAUUCGACCUCGCUGCUCAAUGCCUCCUCCAACGUUUCGAAGACACGCAGCACUCGUUCCAGCAAUCCAUGCACCAUUUAUCCACGUCUACCUCGUCCCCUCUCCGAUCCCAGCUGAGGAACCUGGAAAACCUGGUCAAUCAUUCUCUGGCUCCUCGCGUCCGAGCCACGGCAAUGGACGCCGAGGACUUGUGUGUCCAGCUCAACACCACCAGCACACUCGCUGUUAAGCAGCUGAGUGAUGCCCUUGACAAAGGCCUUCGUAAGCGUCGCCGUCGAUUGCGGUGGAUUCGUCGGACUGGAUUCAUGGUUCUGGAAUGGGCCCUUGUUGCUAUGCUUUGGUGGGUGUGGCUGAUUGUCAUGGCUUUCAAGCUUGUGCGUGGUGUCUUCCGGGGUGCCUUCACUGGUAUUCGAUGGGUCUUGUGGCUGUGA